CUGUUCCAAAUCGUUAGCGUUAAAAAAACCAAGACACUAAUAGAUGAGUGAAUGAAAAGAGGAUUUGGUGUAAGAGCUUUGCUCAUUUCCUUUCGAAACUGUAACCCUCUUCCGCCGCCGCUACUACCACUGUCACUCCCCUUUCGCGCCGCUAGAUCUCUUCAUUCGCCGUCGUCUUCCGUCGCAGCCAUGCCCGGAGCUGAUACUCAGCAUGUGGAGUGGCCGGCGAAGCGCGUGAGGGACACUUUCAUGGGUUUCUUCGAAGGCAAGAAUCACGUCAACUGGAAGUCCAGCCCCGUCGUUCCCUUCAAUGACCCCACUCUUCUCUUCGCCAACGCUGGUAUGAACCAGUUCAAGCCAAUUUUUUUGGGUACCGCGGAUCCCAACACUGCCUUGAGUAAACUCUCUCGUGCUUGCAACACACAAAAGUGCAUUCGAGCUGGUGGUAAACACAAUGAUCUUGAUGAUGUAGGGAAGGACACCUACCACCACACCUUCUUUGAAAUGUUGGGAAAUUGGUCCUUCGGGGAUUACUUUAAAGUAGAAGCCAUCAGCUGGGCGUGGGAGCUUCUAACCGAAGUUUACAAGUUACCUUCAGAUCGCUUGUAUGCCACAUAUUUUGGUGGUGAUGAAAAGGCUGGUCUUGCCCCUGAUUUUGAGGCUAGAGAUAUAUGGCUGAAGUUUUUGCCUCCUGGACGUGUGCUUCCUUUUGGAUGCAAAGACAAUUUCUGGGAAAUGGGUGAUACUGGUCCUUGUGGACCUUGCACUGAAAUACAUUUUGACAGAAUUGGUAACCGUGAUGCUGCAUCAUUGGUUAAUUAUGAUGAUCCUACUUGCAUUGAGAUAUGGAACCUUGUCUUUAUUCAGUUCAAUAGGGAGGCUGAUGGCUCUCUUAAACCGCUUCCAGCAAAGCAUGUUGAUACGGGCUUGGGUUUUGAACGAUUGACCUCUGUACUACAAAACAAAAUGAGCAAUUAUGACACUGACAUCUUCAUGCCAAUCUUUGAUGUUAUUCAGAAGGCAACUGGUGCCAGACCAUAUUCUGGUAAAGUUGGAGCAGAUGAUGUAGAUAAAGUUGACAUGGCAUACAGGGUUGUUGCAGAUCACAUCAGAACUCUUUCAUUUGCAAUUGCUGACGGGUCUCGUCCUGGUAAUGAUGGUCGUGAGUAUGUUCUAAGACGAAUACUUCGUCGAGCUGUGCGGUAUGGACGUGAAGUGCUAAAAGCUAAAGAGGGAUUUUUCAGUGGGUUUGUAAGUGUGGUGGUGAAUUUGAUGGGUGAUGUUUUCCCUGAGCUAAAACAACAGGAAACACACAUUCGGAAUGUAAUUGAAGAGGAGGAGGAAAGUUUUGGAAGAACCUUAAUUAAGGGUAUUGAGAAAUUUGAGACAGCUGUUCAACAUGUUCAGGGAAAGACACUGAGUGGGGAGGAAGCAUUUGUCUUGUGGGAUACAUAUGGAUUCCCAUUAGAUCUCACUCAGCUGAUGGCUGAAGAAAAAGGAUUAGUUGUUGAUGUUAAAGGUUUUGAUAGGGCAAUGGAGGCUGCAAGAGAGAGAUCCAGAAGUGCUCAAACAAAGCAAGCUGGUGGGGCCAUUGUCAUGGAUGCUGAUGCUACCUCUGCAUUGCACAAAAGGGGCAUAUCCCCAACAGAUGAUAGCUUCAAAUAUGCUUGGUUCAAGGACCAUGAGAGUGUGGUACAAGCAAUAUAUACUGGUUCUGAGUUUGUUGAUACCGUUAAUACUGGUGAUGAUGUUGGUUUAGUUCUGGAAUCUACAAGCUUCUAUGCUGAGCAAGGUGGUCAGGUAUCAGGCCUUUUUAAAUAAAUUGUUGAAAUAUAU